UCGCCGCCGCCGCCUCGGCCGCCGCGCGCGCCGGCGGUCUGCCGGCCAACAUCACGCUGCCGGCCACCGGAGACGAGGCGAUGACGCGCCUCCUGGCCUGCAAGAACUCUGACCCAUACAGUAUCCUGGGUGUGACGCACGACUGCUCGGACGCCGACAUCCGUAAGUACUACCGGCGGCAGGCGCUGCUCGUGCACCCGGACAAGAGCCGCAGUCCGGGCGCCGAGGAGGCCUUCAAGAUCCUGCAGCGCGCCUUCCAGCUGGUUGGCGUACCCGAGAAGCGCCAGGCGUUCGACUCGGAGGCGCGUGAGGAGCACGAGGUCAACGAGGCGUUCCGCCAGUACAUGGACGAGAUGAUGACCCGACUACGCGAGAAGAUGGAGGAGACGCAGAACACGCUCAGGUGUAACAACUGCAGCCAGCGUCACCGACGCACCAAAGUGCCGCGGCCGGCGUACGCGGCGCGAGACUGCGCCACCUGCAAGAUCCGCCACGCGGCGCGCGAGGGUGACAUCUGGGCCGAGAGCAGUUGGCUGGGCAUGUUCUGGCGCUACUACGCCUGCAUGGACGGCGCGGUGUUCGACAUCAGCGAGUGGGCCGGCUGCCAGGCGCAGAGCCUCAAGCACCUGCAGGCCAACCACCACACGGUUCAGUACCGCAUCAUCUCGGGUGCCAAACGGCACCGCCAGCCCGUCGACGAGCCCUCUGACCGCGACCUGGAAGACCUGCUCAACAACCUGUGCAGCGGCUCCAUGGGCGGCGAGCAGCAGCAGGGUGGCCGGCGGCGCGCCUCCAAGCGCCGUGGCCACUAGGCGGCGCCGCCGGCGGUGUCGACGCGGACCAAACCAGAGCCAAGUGCCGUUUCGGGAAGGUCGGGUGACGUGGCCUCGCGCAGGGUCUCUCGCGCCGGCCGUGCUAGUGAGUGUGUCUUCCCGUGUUCUGUCGCUCGUGCCUGGAGCGGUAGUCGCGCGCGCCAGGCGGCGAAGGUCGGCUCCGGGAGUGUACCGCUGGCGGGUGCGAUCGCCGGCUAGGAGUGCGGGACGGCGGAAGUGUGGCGUGAGCGCGCUGACGUCAGCGUCAACGAAGUCCUCCGGGGGCGAGACGUGUGGUGUUGGGACUCCUAGCGUCUGACGCCUGCUGCGAGACCAGCCGGCCGCACGCCAGACCCGCCCUGCGGCUGAUGCCGGCGCCGGCGCGGCGGGCCCGGCAGGGCGGCACGCGCGGGACGGGUGAAUGCACUGCCGGAGCCUGCUGAUGACGUCAUAGUACCACACCGGCGUGCAGGGACAUGGUAGCGUCGCGCCGGCGUUGCACUGCCAGAGCUCGCUAAUGACGUCACAGUACCACACCGGCGGACAGGGACACGGUGGCGUCGCGCCGGCGCUCAGGGCCACUGGACAGUGUGACGUCCGUGCACACCCUCGCACCCUACAGCAGCACACACCGUACGGAACACUUCUGUCGACACUACUGUACUGCCCCCGUGUCGGAGGAUCCCACUUUAGGACAUGGCUAAAAAAAGACUACUGAAAAGAGCUGUGUUGGCAGGACGCCUGCCAAACUCACUCGCGUGUUCGGGAUACGGGGAAGCACUGCGCUCGCUUCGAGCGUUUGCGAACGUCGCGCACAUGGGAGUGGAAUGCUUCUGUACUGCAGGCGGUGCAGAGGGUGGCCCAGUCGCCGUGAGAUGGUGACCGUGAUAGGGGGCUGUUACUGGGGAGGUGGCGAGAGCUGACGUCUUUCACACACGCCCGCUUGCACGCGCUGGUCUGGGCUGGGGGUGACGGUAUCGGGAGUCCAGUGUGAUGCAUUGGACAUCGGGCGCGGCUUCGCUGACGUAUUAGCUUGGGGCUCCAGACUCGUCUCAAUCGGUCUUGUGUCGUGAGUUUUGUGAGUCUUCCUCGUUUGCCGAUUAUCGCGUUGUUUUGCGGCCUAGUUUGUUCUUGACAUGUGUACGUGCGUUGUGGGUGGCGUCAGGUCUCUUCUCGUCUCAAAUGCUUCCUCUCGGGCGUGUUUAGGCUCACAUGUUCAUUGACUAUUAAGAUGCCAACUUUUCGUUUGGUAUCCGUAUUGCUGAGACUGGGCACGCGCUGGUUUUACGUUGGGUGCGUUUGGCGACAUCACAAAUGCUGUAAUAUUUUUGAUUUCCUUUGUGUCGCGCAGUUCCGAGGAUGGUCCCAGCACGGAUUAGUUAAGCUGUCUGCUAUGCAGGAACUAGUAUUCAGUGUUGGUGUAAGAUGUUCGCACGGAAACGGUUUGGAAUACGUCAUUUCCUUUUCGACCGCCGCUUGCAGAUCUAUUUUGUUUUCGCUUGCCGCCACCUUACUGCAACGAGAGCACAGUUUUUCGGACACCACGUCCAGAGUCGCACGCUAUGUGACUUUUUAGGGGAUUCUUCGAACGCCGUCGAGUUUGGUAAAGUGCUCCAGUUUCUGCGCGCUAUAGAUUUCCCAGUGAUCUUUUCAUCAUGAUGCUAGGCUGAUUACCAAGGCUUUAUAGGGUGACCUGGUUGAUGCACUUUUCUGAUUGACGCCCCUGCAUAAAUUGAUAGUUAUGGGCGCUGCAUGACCUAUAGCAGUCGAUGCGCCCUAAAACCCCAAAUCAUCAUCAUCAUCAUCUAUUUUGUUUAACAUCCCCACAUGCUGCCCAUACCGUUAUUUUGGCUACUCAUUGGACGUUUAGCCUUCUGCCAUGUAGCUUGCGGUCGGGGACAUGCUUUUGUCAGUAUGAGAAGGCUUUCAGUUCUAUACAAUACAGAUAUGCAAUGACAAACUGCAUAGUUGUCUCAGAAUGUAGUUGAUUCGCUCCACAUGUUUUGGGUGGGUCUGAGCCUCCGAUCACAGCUUUAUCAGAGCGUCGUUUAUGCUCGAGCCAAACAGCCCGCCAACGUCAUUCACCCGGAAUAUCAUGCAAGCAUAAGGAAUGCAAGGAGGGAAAGUGCCGUUGAUUUAUUCAACAUGCGAGUGGACACUGACAUUGAUCACCGCACGGCUGUUCGGCUGUUCAGCUACUUGAGUCAAGAAGGGUCGAUAAGUGCAGUGGCUUGAGGAUGCAUUUUUCGUUCACUCAAACCCGCGAGUGAAAAGGUUGCCCAAAUAAUUGGGUGGCAUAGCUUCUGAUGGCCACAAACGGCCCCUCUCUUCGGCACAGCGCAACUGCCACACGACCGUGUCGCCCUAGCACGCGCUCGGGUGGGGGAUCAAGUUGACCCCACCCCCUCCCCCCAAAGGGUUCUCCAAAGUGGUUUCCGAACGGCGCGGCUUAGCCGCGCCAUAUUUUGUCCGGCUGUAGAGAAUUGAAUAGCGGGUCGCUUGGUAUACAAAAGUUUGAUAUAGGUCGAAGUCUGGCCGUGGUUUCAGCGAAGUCAAUUUCUAGGAAAUCGUUUAAUCUGAUGCAACAACGAAGAGGUGCACGAAACUAUACACAUCUGAGGUGCUUUCUUAAGCAGCACAAGUAAUGAAUGAAUAAAUUACGUUGACCAAUGUUCAGAUAUGAAGGUCAG